UUUAUUAUUAUAUCUCUUGAAAAAACACAACCAUGACGUCCCUGCUACACAAACCAGUCUUCUUUGGCUUUCUCCACAUCCUGAUUUUGCUCCUUCACAUGUUCUAUUUUUCUUCUUCCUUGGCUGCUUUUGCUCAAGACAGUUCUUCUACGGCUACAAUUUUUGGUACGGCUGUAAGCGCUGCCAAAUCCAGAAUUACUGGAGGUAAUAGUACAGAGGCCGAGGCUCUUCUCAAAUGGAAAGCCAGUCUUGACAACCAAAGCCAAUCUCUCCUUUCUUCUUGGUUCGGCAUCAGCCCAUGCAUUAACUGGACCGGAAUCACUUGCGACAGUUCUGGAAGCGUCACCAACUUGAGCCUUCCACACUUUGGCUUGAGAGGUACGCUUUAUGAUCUCAACUUCUCAUCCCUCCCCAAUCUUCUCUCUCUCAAUCUCCAGAGGAAUUCAAUUCAUGGAACAGUUCCAUCAGGCACUGAUAAUCUACCCAAGAUUACUGAGCUCAAUUUAUGUGAUAAUAAUCUCACGGGAAGCAUCCCAUCUGAGAUAGGCUUAAUGAAAAGUCUCAACAUCUUGUAUCUGUGUGGAAAUAUUCUUAGUGGCCCCAUCCCAUGUGAAAUUGGAAAGUUGACGUCUCUUUCCCUUCUUUCAUUAUCUGCAAAUAAUCUCACUGGUGUGAUCCCUUUCUCUAUUGGAAAUUUGACAAACUUAUCCUUGUUUCACCUCUUUCAAAACCAGCUCUCUGGUCCCAUCCCUUCUUCUAUCGGGAACAUGAGCUUUCUCAUUGAUGUACAACUGCAACAAAAUAAUCUCACUGGUUUUAUCCCCUCCUCUGUUGGAAAUUUGAGGAGUCUAUCGAUACUCUAUCUUUGGAAUAAUAAAUUCUCUGGUUCCAUCCCUGGAGAAAUUGGGUUGCUAGAAUCACUCAAUGAUCUUGACUUUUCAAGUAAUAAUUUAACCGGUGCAAUCCCUAAUUCAAUAGGGAACUUAACGAACUUAUCAUUUUUCCACCUUUUUCAAAAUCAACUCUCUGGUCCUAUUCCUACUUCUAUUGGGAAUAUGAGUAUGCUUAUUGAUGUAGAGCUCGGACAAAAUAAUCUCAUUGGUUCAAUCCCCUCCUCUGUUGGAAAUUUGAGGAACCUAUCAAUAUUUUAUCUUUGGCGUAACAAACUCUCUGGUUCCAUUCCUCAAGACAUUGGAUUGCUAAAAUCUCUCUAUGAUCUUGACUUUUCAAGUAAUAUUUUAACCGGUGAAAUCCCUAAUUCAAUUGGAAACUUGACAAAUUUAUCUUUUCUCGCCCUUUAUGACAACCAUCUCUCUGGUCCUAUCCCUUCUUCUAUUGGGAACAUGAGCAUGCUCAUUGAUGUAGAACUGGAUGAAAACAAUCUCACUGGUUUGAUCCCCUCCUCUAUUGGAAAUUUAAAAAACCUAUCCUUUCUCUAUCUAGGUCAAAAUAAUUUAUAUGGAUAUGUUCCUUCAGAAAUAGGAAAGCUUAAAUCUCUAGAGAAAUUGAUCUUCGCUGAGAACAAACUUCGCGGCUCAUUGCCCCUAAAGAUGAACAAUCUUACCCAUGUGAAGUGGUUGGAUUUGUCUUACAAUGAAUUCACGGGUCAUUUGCCACAAGAGCUAUGCAAUGGAGUAGUACUUGAAAGAUUUAUUGCUUGUAACAACUAUUUCUCCGGUUCCAUCCCAAAAAGCUUGAAAAACUGUACCGGUUUGCACCAACUGAGACUUGAUGGGAAUCAAUUGACAGGAAAUAUUUCUGAGGAUUUUGGCAUCUAUCCACAUUUGGAUUAUGUUGAUUUGAGUUACAAUAAUUUUUAUGGUGAGCUUUCUCUGAAAUGGGGAGAUUAUAGUAACAUAACAAGCUUUAAAAUCUUAAACAAUAAUGUUUCUGGAGAGAUACCAGCAGAGCUUGGGAAGGCUACUCAAUUACAAUUGAUUGAUCUGACAUCAAAUCACUUAGAAGGAACCAUCCCAAAAGAAUUAGGGGGGUUGAAGCUGUUGUACAACCUUACUCUUAGCAACAACAAUCUUUCAGGUGCCAUUCCCUCAGACAUCAAGAUGAUUUCUUCUCUCAAAAUCCUUGAUUUAUCAUUUAAUAAUCUAAGUGGAUCGAUUCCAAAACAACUUGGGGAGUGCACAGAUUUAUUGUUGCUGAACCUCAGUAAUAACAAAUUUACAAAUAGCAUUCCACAGGAGAUAGGCUUCCUGCGUUCUCUUCAAGAUCUUGUUCUUAGUAGAAAUUUCCUUGCUCAAGAGAUACCGUGGCAACUUGGGCAGCUGCAAAUGUUGGAAACUCUGAAUAAAGCAGUGAUGCCAACAGAACAGGUGGUUGCUGUGAAGAAACUUCACCGGUCACAAACAGAAAAGUUGUCCGAUUUUAAAGCUUUUGAAAAGGAAGUUUGCGUGUUGGCAAAUAUUCGACAUCGAAAUAUUGUGAAGCUGUAUGGAUUUUGCUCACAUGCAAAGCACUCUUUUUUGGUUUAUGAGUUCAUAGAAAGAGGAAGCUUGAGAAAGAUUAUAAGCAGUGAGGAACAAGCAAUUGAGUUAGAUUGGAUGAAAAGGCUAAACGUUGUGAAAGGGGUGGGUGGAGCUUUAUCCUAUCUACACCAUUCUUGCUCUCCUCCGAUCAUUCAUCGUGACAUUACCAGCAAUAAUGUCCUUCUGGAUUUGGAAUACGAGGCGCAUGUCUCUGACUUCGGCACAGCUAGACUGUUGAUGCCUGACUCAUCCAAUUGGACCUCAUUUGCAGGUACUUUUGGAUAUACUGCUCCAGAGCUAGCUUACACGAUGAAAGUGACUGAAAAAUGUGAUGUCUAUAGCUUCGGAGUGGUAACAAUGGAAGUGAUGAUGGGAAGGCACCCAGGCGAUCUCAUCUCCACAAUCUCAUCACAAGCAUCUUCCUCGUCAUCUUCGAAGCCACCGAUUUCUCAACAGACAUUGUUGAAGGAUGUGCUUGACCAACGCAUCUCGCUUCCUAAAAAAGGAGCAGCAGAGGGUGUUGUCCAUAUCAUGAAGAUAGCACUUGCAUGCUUGCAUCCCAAUCCGCAAUCCCGACCUACAAUGGGAAGAAUUUCUUCGGAGCUUGCAACUAAGUGGCCUUCUCUGCCAAAGGAAUUUGACACAAUAAGUUUGGAAGAUCUGUUCUCACAUGCAGUUAGUGUGGUCGACUGACCAGUUUUUUGUGGGGUUUUAACUUCUUCUCUUCAACUAUAGAUUUGAGCAAUAAAUUUUGUAAUGUGAUGUAGACUAUGUUCAUGGAUUGGCUUUUUUUUUUUUU